AUGAUUAUUCCAGUUCGUUGUUUUUCCUGUGGAAAGGUUGUCGGCGACCUGUGGGAGCGUUACCUGCAGCUUCUCGAUGAUGGUGUUCCGGACGGUGAUGCUAUGGAUCAACUGGGCUGUCGACGGUACUGUUGUCGACGGAUGAUCAUGACGCACGUUGAUCUGAUCGAGAAGCUCCUACGGUACAACUCCGCCGAGAAAGACCGAACGAAGGCCCAAAUCUAA